AUGUCCCCUCGCGGAGACUCUAAGAAGAAGCUUGCUCUCAUCAAGGCGCUGAACAAGGCUCCCCUUCCCGAGCCGCAUAACUCGGUUCCAGCGCCAUGGCCCGGUCUUCCGCCGGUACCAAGGUUCAUCGACGCCCAAGUCCAACACGCGCCGUGGUUCUCGAAAGAGUACUUCGAAGUCUUCAAGAAGGACGGAGCCUUCACACCUCGCACGAACAACUUCACCAUCUACUUGAUGUUCGAAGGAAAGAACUUGGAGGGUAAAGGGCGGAACUUGGUUCAGAGUGAAGGCGGUGGCGGCUGGAAGGGAUUACUGGACAAUGCAAAGCGCGCCGACGGGCGCGCCGCGCAAGAGAAACUGCUUUGGAUCAACUUCGUUGCUGAUGAACAAAAGAGGUCGUUCGAUGUGUACUAUCCGGACUACAAGAAGCCCUCGGUGCCGCGCAAGGACAAGCCUGCCAAGUCAUCGUCUAGCACUACCGCUUCGGGUUCGUCUUCUACAUCGUCUUCGCCGCCUGCGCACCAGCCGCACAGCAUAAAUGUCGCCCAUGGGACUACUUUCGCCAGCGCAUCGACCUUUACAUUUCCUUCUGCCACCUUCAACACAUCUUACACCCACGCCCAGUUCGAGACUUCCGGCCUCACUUCGUACGGAAACACAGGAUCUGCGUUCGAACAUACGCUGAUGCAGCAGCCCUCGAUCAACUAUCUCCACAUGGAACAUCCUCAUGCGAAUCCCGUUGAGCAACCCCACGCCAUCGAGUCUUUCACCCCCGCGAUGCAUCUCCUCACCGCUCUCGACAUCGCCCUUAACGACAUGGGCAAGUCUGCUGCCGCGGGAUAUCUACUCGAUCUGUCCGAGGACGUGCGAAACGGAGGCAUGACGGACGACGAUGCUCUCGAGACGUUCUUCGACGUUCUCAUGGAGAUCCCUCUCAACGUGACCGAGCUCCAUAGCCGAGUGCUCGACGACUUGCGCAACGUGCCGCAUCUUGAGUCGUUUGUUCGCGGGUUCUUUGACCGCGUUUACUACGCCAUCGAUGUAGCAGAGACCCAUAAUAUGGUGGACGCUGUCAAUAACGUGCAGAGCAACAAGCGCGCGUUCGAGUACGGGGAUGACGACUUCUAUGGAGAAGUCCCCCUCAAGCGCACUCGCCAGUAG